AAGCCCACUCAGAGUUAAAACCGUAGAUCUUCAGAUAAUCCGACUUUAAGGCCCAGUGUUGAAACAUAGACAGAGCCCUAGAUAAUUGGCCCGUGUUGAAUAUGGUUGUGCAAAAGGCAGCCACGCCCACACUGCCAGCCGCAGCGGUGGCAGACGGCCCGGGCAACUGCUACAUGCAACAGUAUCAGAAAUAUGCCACACACUGCGAGACGGCGGACAGCGGCAACGGCAGCGAUCUGGAGAGCAACGGCGGCCCCGUACAGGCCACACUCAUCCUAACGGACGACAGCGAGGAGAGCGAGCCCUCCUCCUUGAACAGCGACAGCCUCAACUGCAGCAGCACGGAGUACGUGCGUCAGGCAGCCGCCAAGCCCAGCGGCCAGCUGGGACAGCGCCAACGACACAAGUCGCUGCGCAUGCUGGGCACGCUGCUGCCGGACUCGCUGCUGCGCGACAUACGGGACAGACGGAGUGCGGAGUACGUGGUGCAGUUUAACAGCCCCGUCGAGGUCAAGGACAAGCCGCCAAACCGGCAGGCCAAGGUACUGACCAUAGCUGAGCCAGAGCCAGAGGCCGAGAGGGAGACGGAGGUAGAGACAGAGACGGAGGCAGAGUCGUUGCGCUUGUCGCGCGAGUCGCUCAACGAGGCGAAGAUCGAGGAGCUGCGCGCGGCGGUGCAGCGAGCCAACUUUGUGCAAACCGGUGAACAGGCACAGCUGGCAGCCACGUCGCAAACGGACAGCCGCAACAGUAACGGUAACGGCAACAGCAACAGCAACAGCAACAGCAACAGCAACAACAACAGCAACCGCUGCAGCAGCAACUACAAAUAUGCGGACGAUCAAUACUACAGCUUUCACAUAAACGAGCACGAGAACUUCAGGAGCUUCGUGCGGCACGGCGACCAGCGGGACGCGGCAGCCGAGGAUGAGGAGCACGACGUCUUCGCUGGCUAUCGAGAUGUGCGCAGCAGCGCCAGCUCCACACAGUCCACAAUACGCUCCGCCAAGGGAACGGUGCGCGGCGUUAAGAAUCGUGUGCGCAAUGGAAUAGCCACGUUCUUGCAGCUGCAGCAGCAGCCAAAUGCAAAGGUGAGUUGUGCAACAGUCAAUUUCCCACGCUCUGUCUACAUCUGUGUGUGUGUAUAUGUGUAUAUGUGUGUGUUGCCCUUUAUUGAGUCACCUGCUGUCUAAAUUAUGCAAUCACAGCGCGCGCAUCUCUUGGCAAAUUGUUUACCAAUUGCACGCUCCAUGGGAGAAAGUGCUGCCAAACAAUUGCCGUUAGUCGUGYUUGCUGYUGUUGCUC